CGGACAAAAAGAAAUCUGCUGUCCGGGAAGACGUGUCCUGUUACUUCUGUGCAUUGAUUCUUAAUACAUCAAGCCAACUCGGACCGGGAAGAAGGCGAUUUGUCAAUGUGUCCUUCUGACGGAAAACGCGAAAGCAAGUUAAAGUGUUAAAAAAAAAGGGCAUAGAAGCUCAUUUCGUUACGUGAAGUAAACCGUAAUCUUCGUACCGGAAACCUCGCUACAGUCUUAGGCGGCAAGGUGUUAUCUCGAAGGGAUUUUGCCCAUCGUGUGUCGUCACUUCAAGAUGUCAACACUUGAAUGUCCAAGAGGCCUGCGUCCAGGCCGAAGUCGGCGGCAGACUGUAACAGCUUAAAAAGCACUGAUUAAACGACGCACCCGUCCAUAGUACAGUAGGUCCCUUGCCUUCUUUCUUUCUAUAUCUAUCCCCAAGUAGAGUGGCACUACAAUCACUACUGCAAUAAUUGCGCGUUACUCGUCUCGUGUGUUCGGCAUCCAUACGUAUCUGUUAUUUGUCAAAGUGUGCAAUUGUUGCAGCCCAGCGAACUGUUGGGUAAAAUACUUUUAGUGCACUCUAUUGAUGAGCUGCUGCUUGCGAUGAAAUCGACUGAGGAACAAAACGAGUAUCAGCGAAAGUGAAAAAUGAUGCAUACGUACCAAUAAGCUUUUACAAUUGUAACUAUUAUUUACUCAUGCGAGUAGUAGUAAUGACUAUAGCGUCGUGUCUUGCGCUUCUGACGACUGCCUGAAAGACCCUCAAAUCGGCCUUAUCAGUGAGUGACGAAACGACCGUCUGGCCUUACGAUAAGCGUCGUGUAGCAAGCGAUUUGUUGUGCAUCUAUCUGAUAGUUAGUCAUAUGAUGAUUCGAACUGUUGUCAGAGCCUGUCGGUGCGCGACGGAAGUAUUUUUGAAGAAACAGGCAACGCGUACUAUUGUUGACCAACAAGCGGUCAUGGUUCUAAUAAAGUCAGCCUUGGGCCGAGAAUAGUACAGGUUGAACGAGGGCAGAUAAUUCGUUUAGAGACUAUCAGACCACUAAAAAACAUACUCUUUUACUCGUAGCUAAAAGACAAUUGAUUCGCUGUGUGUUUGAAGCGACAAUCACCCGGGAAUACACUCCCGUGCAUGCAAUUAAUUAGAAUAGGCGUCAAUGUCCUUACUGCUGCCAUGAAAUCGAUCAUUGUUACCAGUUUCCUGCUACUGGCGACAACAGCCGUUCAAACCUCCCAAGACAUACAAUGCGCUUGUGACUCGUCCGGAGUUCCGGACAACUCGGUUUGUCCUACCAGGAAAAUGUUCUCAAACGCUAACAAGCACUGCAAGACAUGCUCCGGCGCUACCUGCACACGGCUUUCAGGACAAUCUUGUGGGGAAAAUCUCCAUUGCGAAGCUGAUUUCGGACUUGCGUGUGAUCCACUAUUGGCGAUCUGCAAAGGAAAACUUCAAAUUAUCAUAUCUAAUGUGACAUCUCAUUCAGCUGAGCUGCGGUGGAAAUUACGAAAAAAGGUGGAACGGCCAGCUGGAAUUUUCUACAGCGCAAAAUACGAUGGUGCCAAUACGGCCUGGAGCGGGGCACUCGUUAAUAAGGACGGAGACUCGGUCACUCUUAGGAGCCUCCGGCCCAAACAUGAGUACGUCGUUAAAGUAAUGCAGGAUAACACUUGGGAAAUGACUGUAGUACAAACCCCGGAAGAUACGAGUUUACAAUUGCCCCAACUAAAAACGGUGUCGCGAUCAGCAAACACAAUUACUCUUGCCUGGGACGACUUCGACAGUACCAAUAAAUAUACAAUCGAGUAUCGGCCAAGCGACGCUAAGUCGUUUGAUGCUUGGACAAAGGUGAAAGCUUCAGGCAGCUUCAGUGCGAUUAAGGACCUUGUGCCUGGUAGUGGAUACCUGUUUCAGGUUCGAAAUCAGGAGAACUUCGUUUCCGACAGUCUUCUUGUUUUUACCGAAGAUGGAUGCUCUCGGCAAGGUAAAAGCUAUAGGGUGGGUGCUACCUUCUUUGAAGGCUGUUCAUUGCGUUGUGUGUGCCGUGGAAGCGACAAUGCUGACUGUGAACCCCGGUGCCCAGUUUCUUCUUUCGGCAACUCUAUCAUUGCCUCACCCUCGCAUUGUCAUCAAGUGCCCUCUGCAAACGAUAGUUGCUGCGUUAGUGUACACUGCGAGCAUGGCAAACCUGGAAAUUGCCCUUCGGUCGAAUACAACGUGACUGUCGAGGAAUGUCUGCAUGAAUGCCACACUGAUUUAGACUGCCUGGGAGAAGAAAAAUGUUGUCACAGGGACAAAUGUGGGGUAUCGGUUUGCAUCAGCCCAAUUCCGGAACCUAAAACAGAUGACUGCACCGUGUUGUCCUGCGGCCCGAACACGUUCUGUCUUCUUGCACAUGGAAAAGCCUCUUGUGAAUGUUUAAAAGGUUACUCUGGAAAUCCUCGAAAUACGCGUGUGGGAUGCGAUAAGUUCACCCCAAAUAUCGCCCCUACAGAUCCCGGUGUAUGCUCGUAUAAGGAUAAGCGAUAUCCAGUUGGCGAGGAAUUUGAGGAUGAGUGCUUAUUCCGAUGCCACUGUAGUGAUCGCUUCGAAGUCGAAUGUCGUCAGAGGUGUCCUACCCUGCCGACAUGGACCCCUGUUAACUGUCAUCUGAUCAAGGAUCCCAAAGAUGCCUGUUGUAACAUCCUCGCCUGCGAGCACCCUCGACUACUUAAAAACAAUGCUAACAACAAGACGGAUAAUUUUGGCUUGUCACAUGCUGUCUCCACCUUGAGGGCCCAUCCAGCUUCGGCGCAAGGCUGCGAAUACAAUGGACAUCGGUACGAACCAAAUGAAGAUUUCGAUAAUGGCUGUGAGUCUCGAUGUUCGUGUAUCGGUGGAGGUCAUGUUGCCUGCGAGCCACGUUGUCACCAGGAAAUUGGAGAUUCCGAUGAUUCAAAUUGCGUGAUCAUCUCACAUCCUGUUGAUUCCUGCUGCAAAAUUCUCAGCUGCCCUGACACACCUGGCGAAGCGCCAUUAAAAUCUGCACAAGAUAUCCAACUAAUCGUUGAACAAGUGAAGAUCUUCAACGAAAGUCAACUAGCCGUGGGAUUCAUCGCGAGAGCAGGCCAACAGCCACCGUCUGCCCAAGUCUGGUUUAAAAAGCAGUCUGACAACGAGGACCGUUGGGUAAAGAGGAAAUACAAGCUAACUGCAUCCGAUGGAUACUUACUUGACGUUCCUGGACUUGAAGCAAACACGGCCUAUUUAUUUAAGGUAGUAGUGUCGAAGGCCAAAAGCAAUACGGUCAGAGCACGAACCUCUUUACAGCACACUCAUCGACUUGCUAGUGGAUGCCUACAUAAUAACCAGACAUACGAAGUCGGUCAGCACUUCGACAUUGGAUGUGAGGAAAGAUGCGUUUGUGAGAGGGCUGGGAUGGUAGAAUGCCAGAAGAGAUGUAAGGUCUACGUGGACAUUGUCGGCUAUCAGCAUUGCAGAUUUGAAGAUUCGCCUGAUGAUCGUUGUUGCAAAGUGCCGGUUUGCGACUCCGCCAAUCAUCCGAAUGACGAUUACGACGACAGUUCGGUUGGCAAAGCAUCGUCACACGGCAGAACCUUUGGUUUUCCGGAGUUUAACGUCACGUGCUCAGAUCAUACCGGAUUACCGCAUAAGGUUGGCGAGACCUUCUUCCAUGAUUGUCACGAGAAAUGCAUUUGCCAGGUUAACGGAAAGGCUCUCUGUCGUCCCUUGGAAUGCCAUCGUGACGUGGAGUGCUCGGCCGUCGACUCGAUUGACUCAAGUGAUUUUGUGCCGAAACCACCAAACUGUUGUCCUCCGACAAAAUGCAAAAGUGGAAUAUCGGACGAAUUCUGUAUCUACAAUGGCGAAAAAUUUCGAAACUUUCAGCAGAUUCCUCAGCGCCUUGUCGAACGCUGUGACCAACGUUGUGUGUGCGUCAAUGGGGCUGUCACCUGCGAGCACAGAUGUCAACCCGCUAAUAGUAUUCCACCGCCGACCUUGCCUUGCCCCCUGUCGCUCGCUUACCGCGGCUACUUACCAGGAGAUACAUGUUGUACCCACUGGAUGUGUCCAAUUGCCGACACUGAACUUCGGGACGUGUCAGUUGUGGCUCUGAAUUCGACAACGGUUCGAGUGCGUUUCAUGCUACCUACAAUGCUCGUCGGUCAGACAGGUCAUUCUGAGGUGCACUACUCUACAGAGCGAGAAAAGGACCGCAACGAGUGGGAGGUACAACGCUUUGUUCCCCCUGGAGAGAUAUUCGAACGAGCUGAUGUCGAGAACUUCGUGAGCGGUCUCAAGCCAAAAACAGGCUACGUGUUCCAGAUCAUCGUCGACAUUAACUCAAUGCGCGAACAUCCACGAAGUGCAAUAGUUGCGAUCGAAACUCCAGACGUGGCCCCAUCGCUGGUGCGGCUUGACAUGAGACUCGAGUUAGCAACAAAGGAUUCCACCAUUCGUGUAGAGUGGCGACCGUUAACAAUGGCAGAAAAAGAACUCGUCGACGGCGUAAAGGUCAAGUACAGGCGAGCUGACAGCCCCGCGGGCUUAUGGCAGACGAGCCAAUUACUUCACCGAGACAUUACAUCCUACCAACUGGAGAGAGUUCAGCCAAAUAAGAAGUAUACUAUCGAUCUAGAAUUUGUAUCGAAAACAAACGCUCGGAUAGUUUCUGAAAAAUCAGCCAAGAUCCUUACCCCAAAUGACGAUUUCUCCUUUAAGAUCACGCUCUCACCUGAACAGGUUAACCCUGAAUCGGCAAGUAUCCUACUCCAAGGUGUGCCUUCACCGGUCUCCAAAUUCGUUCAGAUCGUACAUAUUUUACGCGAGUCCAAUCUUCAGCGAGCACCCGUGGAAAUUUACCAGAAACUCAGGGAAGCAAAGAUCAGUCUCGACGGCCUUCAACCAUCUACUACGUACAAGGUGCGCCUGGAAGCGUUCCUUAACAACGGUGACAGGGCAUUAUCGAAUACGCUUGAACUACGCACGCCGGACGGAGCACGCAAAGGUCACCACGAAAGCGCUAAACGCACUCUCCAAAUAGCUCUACUUGUUAUUAUUGUCCUGGGCCUUCUGGUACUCGUAGGCUUUGCGUUUGCUUGGAGUCACCUUGCGUCCCGCAGACCAAAGGGCGCCCCUGAUCUCACCGCGUAUGAUAAUCCCACCUACAAGGUUGAAAUGACUACAAUCAAUAACAACGGUCCUCGUCUCACAGCUAACGGUCAAGGUGCUCGUAAAGGACAUCUCGCCUCUGGCACUGGAACUCAUUCACACUUGACCUUCUUUUUCAGGAUUCGUCGACACGAUUCAACGUGAUUUAACUCCGACAGGGUCUAAAUUAUGUACCCUACAGAUAAUUUCAAUCGAAUAGUAUAGCCAGUAACUUAUGCAAGUUGUAUUCUAUACCCGACGUACUGCCAAGUUAAGGAAAAACAAGUACAGCAGUAACUGACGGAUACUCCUCUAAAUCGACCUUGUCGAUUGAAUUUCGUGUGAUAAAGUUGUAAAUGUUCGGUCUGUGCAGAUGUUCUCCGAAAUAUUAAGUUCAACUUAUCUUUAGAAAACUUAACUAGAGAACUGAGCACUGCCAGUCAGAUUCUAGUAAAACUCAUUAGAACUGUAGAUAGAUCCUGUGAAUAGACUGUAAAUAGCAUGUGAACCACCGUCGGAUCUGAAUAAGUUGAGCCACACGUAUAUAAACUAAUUAAAGAGACACCCAUUGAACAACUGUGUCAUCAUUAAUCCACUCAUACACGUGCAUUGAUUGAGCGGAUCGAAGAUGGUUCCCGUCAAUGUAACUGGGCCUUCCAAAGUAGACUUGUUGAAAUGGUUAUGUCCUUGUUCUAAUAAUAAGAGCCUAGCAAGAGCUCCAUUACUAAAUGCAUUAUUGCACCUCUUCAUUAGAUGAUAACAAUCGACACAUCGGA